AAAAUGUACUCAAUGCUACUCGUGUUCUUCCUCGCCGCGUCAGCGCUUGGCGCAGAGUGCCCACCAGACGGCUCUCCGUUCUUCAACAUCGCGCAUGAAACCGACUGUUCUAAGUUCUACACGUGUGCCCAUGGCGUGCCUGUGCUACAAACCUGCCCUGAUGGCACUCACUUCAGUCCCAUGCACUUGGUAUGUCAAGACCCCGUGUUCGCCGGCUGCAACAACACCCUCCCAGCGCUGUGUCCGGACUGGAGCAUGCUCCCCAGACCGCACCCUGACACGUGCAGCAAGUUCAUCGUUUGCCAAUACGGCACCGUUCACGUGUUCGACUGCCCGGCGGGGUUAGAAUUCAACGCUGAACUGCUGGAAUGCGUGUGGCCUGCCGAAUCUAACUGCAAUGCUUCACAAGCUUCAUCAGACAAACCUUCAACGGACUCGUCUCAAAAUGGCGCCGAACAAAAUGGCGACCAACAAGAUGGUGGAUCACAAAAUGGCGGGCAACAAGAUGGCGGAUCAGAAGUAGGGUGUCAGCAAGGAGACCUGUCAAAGCAUGAAGAUUGCAGCAAAUAUAACGUUUGCAAUAGUGGCGUUCAAGUAGCCAUGGACUGCCCGGCGGGUUUGCAAUGGAACUCUGAACUCUCGUUUUGUGAUUGGCCAGCAUCAGCCGGGUGUCAAUAAAAAAUAGGCGUUUUCUACAAAUAAUUUUAUGUCUCCAAAAUAAAAAAAAUAUAAAAA